GAGUUCUUAGUAGAAAAAAAGUAGCAGUAAAGAUGCUAAACCGAGCAUCAGUCUAUGACAUUCAACAGUUUACCAAAGAGGUUCAUGACUUUGUUAAAGUUCGUCACAAAAACUUGGUGAGACUCAUUGGGUAUUGCGAUGAAGGUGAGCACUUGGCCCUAAUCUACGAAUUCGUGGGCAAUGGAAACUUGCAGGAUCAUCUAUCUGGCAUGUUCGGUACUGUCCUUAGCUGGGAAAGCAGGUUAAAAAUCAUCAUCGGAGUAGCUAAGGGUCUUAAGUAUUUGCAUAGAAAGUUGCAGGUCCUUCACAGAUACAUUAAGCCGACAAACAUUCUACUCGACGGAAACUUUGAAGCGAAACUGGCUGAUUUUGGGAUGUCUAGAUCCUUUCCAACUGACCCUAACACACAGGCGUCAAAUAAGAUUUAUGUAAUGAUACCUAGAAGAGAACCUUACGUGCAUAGCGAGUACUUCACUUCAAACAGGUUAACACAAACGAGCGACAAUUAUGCCUUUGGCAUUGUUCUGUUGGAAAUGAUAACCAAUCAGCCUGUGGUUGACGUCAAACGUGAAAGUCCUCACAUUGCCACGUGGUUCGAUCUAGAGCUCGCGAAAGGCGAUGCUCUAAGGCUUGUUGAUCCCAGGCUUAACGGUGACUUUGAGCCUAACUCGGUCAGGAAAGCUAUGGAGAUAGCACGCGGUUGUGCAGCUGGAAUUGAAACAAACAUGAGCCAGGUUGUCAAGGAGCUGAAAGAGUGUCUGGCCUUAGAGAAGGCUCGGACUCGUUGA